CACAAUCUUCUCUACAAAAUGCCGGCUUAUAGAUCUGCCAUAAGGAGUAAGGCUUGUGUAGAAUGCAGACAGCAAAAGCUGCGCUGUGAUGCCCAUUUGGAUCCUUCUAAUCCGUGUUCAAGAUGUCGUAAGACGGGGGUUGACUGUGAAAUAUCUGAUACAUUUCGUCGAAGGCCAAGGAAGACGUAAUUUAUACCGAUGAGAUUUUAAGAGCUAGAAGAGCUAAGUGAAUCACCAUGCAGGAAAGCGCAAAUGCAGCGUGAAAUCGAUAUCCUACGUCAACAGGCACAUCUUCAAGUGAGUCACACCGCGACUCGUGAUGAAAACCCUCCAGCUAUAUAUUUGAGCUCUCCAUCCGAGUGGGCUGCCCAUGAGGAAAUAGUGGCAGAGAAUGAAACUAGUCUUCGCGAAGAGCAACACCAAGCAGCGCCUUUGCCAGCGAUUCUGACAGCACCCCGGAGUUUGGAUGGCAUAGAGUUGGAAUCUUACAAGAUCAAUGACUGUUUCUCACUGUUCUUCGAACACUACUUCAAAAUUCUUCCCAUUGUGGACCUAAGAAAUGACCCAAAUUGGUUUUAUGACUACUCGCCACUUCUUUUCUGGACAAUAGUAGCAAUCGGUGCAAGGAAAUAUAUACAAGACCCAACAAUCCUCGAAGCUUUAGGCCCCAAAGUCGUGUCUAUGGCUAUGCAAUCGGUAUUGAAGCCCCACGAGCAUAUACAAACUAUACAAAGUUUGCUUCUUCUGUGCACGUGGCCGUUCCCAAUGGAUACCAUGAUCACAGAUGUGUCUCUUCCAUUGACCGGGGUGGCAAUGCAGCUGGCUAUCCAGAAUGGUUUGCAUUUCUUUGGGCGAAGGCAAGAUUUUAUUACCCAAAUAGCACAGAAUGAAACGAAGGAUGUCUUCCGGCCGAGGUUAUGGUCAUAUUGCAAGGCAGUUUGUCAAGUUACGAAUAUUGUCAAUGGCUUACAACCGCCUGCAAUUACUGACGCAUUUGACUUGCCACCUGCCCAACAACAUCAGGCCAUUAAAAUUCUUUCGAGCGAUAUAUUCUGGGCACACAAGUUGCAAACCGUUUUCACAAACGCAGUUACGGCUCUAAUGCAGAAUAUUUAUCCCGUAACAAAUAACCCGUUAGGUCCUCUCAUAGACAAAUGGGAUAGCCAAAUUCUGGAAGUCAUCAAACAGGCUGGUGAAUAUCUUGAGAAGGAUCAAAUAAGCGUACUAUGUGCUCGUCUGAACAUUGGUGCGUUCCAUUUCUACGAAACAGACGAGCCUGCACGGCGAAAUCGUUUGAUAGCGCUGUACCAGACCGCAUGUUCAUUUAUCGACGCGGUAACGUUAGCCGAUAAAAGUAAUGACUACGCUCUAUACAGCCCAGAGUACAUCUAUCGAACUUUGAAUCUGGCAGCUUGCACACUUCUACGUAUAUCGCGAAGCAACCUUCGUGGUAAUGUCGAUGUUGUCAUUGGUGAACGCGCUUAUUUCUCAUGCAUCUAUCUACUUAAGCGCCGAAUGAUUCGGAACAAUGAUCUCAACGGGCGUACUGCCGGUGUACUAACUCAAUUAUGGAGAAGCCCACAAGCGUUUAAGCAGAAGGACGGGUCAUACAAUAGCUUAGUGGUUCGCAUGCGAAGCCGUGGGUCCAUGGGUAUAUUCUUCGACUGCUUCUGGUAUUGGCAGCGAGAGUUCAACAGCCAAACAGACCCGUAUUUCGAACAGAACGAAACCCCCUCUCAGCCCUCUGCCAAUAUGUCAGAGAGCUCAGACAUAUCUGCUCCACUUCUUCGCGAUCCUGCUAUUGCAUCUCAUGUCGAACCAGUCAUCACUACCAGCGAUGAGCAGUUAUUUCCAUUUCUGAACAAUGAUUUCUUCCCGGAUUGGGAUUCUAUGACCGGGUUUCAAAUCCCGUCGUCUAUAGCUUGAUCUGAAUUUAUUGAGUGUCGAAACACACUAUAAUUGAAAAGAAAAUUAUUUCUUCGUUUUCCUGCAUAAAAUGCCACUAAUGAAGUCAAUCACUGCCAAAUAUUUCAUGGUCUAGUUCCAUAGCGUGGGUAAAGUUGGCCGAGUAUUC